CGACAGUCAAGAUGGCAGCGAUGGAGGCUGUAGACGAGCAUGCUGCCUCUGAAGUUUUGAGAGGACUUGCCCGACAUUUAAACUGUCUAAACGAAGACCACAAGGCGACAAGAAAGAGGGCUCUGGAGCAAAUCAAGAGAGAGACUGUAGAUAAAGGACUUUCCAGUAGCGUCUUACAGGAGGUUUUCUCUGCCCUCCUCAAGCCGCUAUUAAAAUGCCUGUCAGAUCCGAUGGAAAGAUGCAGAGAAACUGCAAUAGCGGUGAUAACAGAGUUUAUUCGUUGUGUCCCCAAACCGGAGGAGUCGCUGCCUUAUCUCAUCCCUUGCCUGGCUCAGAGACUCGGGGAGAAAGAGAUCCUGGAACCGGCGGAGGAGCUUAGGCUGUCGGCCGUGGGAAUGUUGACCCUGACGGUGGAGGUGUGCGGGAAGCAUCUGGCGCCGUAUCUGAACGAAAUGAUCAACAUACUGCAGAGAACCAUCGUCGACCCUUUCCCAGAUGUCAAGAGAGAGAGCUGCAAAUGCACAGUAAAGUUUGCGAAGUGUGUGCCAGAGCACUUUUACAUGCAGGCUGAGAGUCUGGUCAAGCCUCUCAUGCAGACGAUUGCUCAUCAGCACUCCCGAGUACGAGUGUCUGUCAUCGAAGCCACCAGGGCCGUCAUUCAGCAUGGCACUGGGAAAAACGUGGAUGACGUACUCUCUCACCUGGCACAGAGACUAUUUGACGACUCACCACAGGUGAGAAAAGCUGUGACUGCAGCUGUUGGCGAUUGGCUACUCCACAUGAGAGACAGAUACUCUUAUUUCCACAAGCUCAUCCCACUCCUGCUGAGCAGCAUCAAUGAUGAAAUCCCAGAAAUAAGACUUUUAGCAGCUGAUUUAUGGAGACAGGUAGGCGCACAGUGGGAGAAGGAGAAUGAGGACGACAUCAAGGACAAGAUGGACUUCCUCUUCGCCCCACCUCCCUUCUACCCACCAGGAGUGGAGCGUCCAGGGCUGGGCUGCAGAGAGUUGGUGAUGAGAAACCUGGGCAGGCUCGUGCCAGCCAUCACCCACGACAUAACCGACUGGCUGGUGCCCACACGGGUCAGGACCUCUCAGUUGCUUUCUGUGCUGCUGCUCCACGCCGAGGACCACAGCACCCAGCAUCUGCCGUCUGUCCUGGCCACUCUCUACCGGGCCUGCACCGACACAGAGAGGGACGUGGUCAGCAAUUGCCUGGCAGCUGCUAAACUGUUGGGGACCUUUGUCCCUCCUGCUGUCUUCCUCAAGCUGCUCCUGGAUCAUGUGACAACCCCCUACUCUUCCUCCCACCCCUGGGCCCCCCUCAUGGUAUUGGCUGCGGUGCUGGCUGGCUGCUCCAAAGCCCACCUUAAACCACAUCUCGCACAGAUCGCCAACACACUGGCCGAACCCGACGUCUGCCAGGAAUAUCAACAGGUUAUGUACUUGGAACAGUUGUUGGCCUGUGUGGAUGUGCUGCUGCGUCAGUGUGAGUCCGACUGUGGGUCAGUCAGCCUGCCGCUGCUGCAGGUGCUGGUCACUGUCCAGAGCCUCUCCACUGACACAGAUCUCAGUGAAAAGACCUUGGAGAGUGUGCAGUGCUUGUGUAAGGUGCAGGGCCUGGACUCAGUGAUGGAGCUCUAUAGACAACAUAUGGGCCAGCUGCUGGACUGGCUGUCUGCCUCUGUCAACACCUGGUCCAGUUACUCCCCACAGAGACUCCAACUGCAUAUCAUAGUCACACAAUCAGGUCCAGUGAUAGGCGAGUUUGUGAGACAGUUGAUGCCCCUGCUCCAGAGCUGCCUCCAACCAGACAAAGACCCAGAAAUGAGACUGAGCAUCUUCACAAUGCUGGCCAAGUUGCUACUGGAUGCAGCCAACACACUGGAUUCCCAGGGGCAUUUCCACGAUGAGUCCGAGAAGUUCCUGUGUGACGUCCUGCUCCCUAACCUGGUGUGGCACGCAGGCCGCACUGCUGGUGCCGUCCGCACCUCAGCCCUCAGCUGUCUGUUGGCCCUGCUGCAUGGAGGGGCCAUCGCACCUGGACAGCUGCUGUGUCUGGAGGAGAAGCUGAGUCCCCGGGUGUUGUCGGCCCUGGAAGAGGACUCUCAGAUGGGCAGACUGUUGGCUUGUCGCUCUGUAUCCACUAUUCUCAGGCUUAUAGGAACCAGUCUGCACCCUGAGGCCCUCAACAAGAUCUACCCUGAGCUGCUGAAACGACUGGACGACAGCAGUGCGGAGGUGCGCGGCGUGGCUCUGCAGGCCCUGGGGCAGUGGCUGUCCAACCUGACCAAAGACUACAACCCCGAGCUCCGCGCUCCUCAUCUGCAGCUCCUUUUCCAGCAACUCCUCCUGCACCUGGAUGACACCGAUGCCCCGGUGCAGGACCAAGUGCUCGAGAUCCUGAAGAAGGGCAGCUCAGUCCACCCGGCUCUCCUGAAGAGGGAAGCGGAGGCUGUGCGGGACAAACAGCGGAGUCCCCUCUACUGCGACCAGCUGCUCCAGCACAUCAGCUCACUGCGCACGGAGACUGCAGCAGACUGUCCGGAGUGACAUGAAACGCGUACAAAACAAACACAGACUGAAGUUUGUGCCUUCAUUUAGAGAACAAAAGCCAGUUUUAUAAUGAUCUACAACAGCUUUCCGAAUAAUACUAUGGCAUAUGUUUUCACUUAAAUGGGCCCAACAUUAAAGCUUAAAUGAAACUUAGUCACUAUCCAGCUGCAGGCCUUUAAUUCAGUUGACUGAUUUUUUUUUUUUUUUUUAGGUGAACUUUUCCACAUGCCCUUGCCUGCAGAAUGGCUCCUUUGCCAUUUGUUCAGGGAUGUUUUUCUCUGCAUUCAUUGCCUUUUAUUACUUUGGUUCUGACGUUUGGUUUUAAUGAAGACAAAGUGAUGUUUGAUUCACUGUGGUUGUGUUUACAUUUACAUAUUUUAAUGAAACCCUCGUGAGAUCUUUUAGCGCGUUCCCGUGGCCAAACUCUCAACAUCCCAGCCUCCAGAUGGUGCUGAGUCUGAGAUGAGCUGGGUCAUGGGAUUUUGUCCUCCGAAUAAAGAUGUAUUUUUUUCAUGUUUUGUUAAAGAGAAUUAACUGUUGAGACGUGUUCAUAAGAAUCACA